AUGUGUCGCGAGCCUCGUUUGUGCUGUUCCGGCACCAUGAUGGUUGGCACGAACUUCGCAUGCUACUUUGUCACAUGUAUUGUCUAUGUAUUUUAUGCAAUUCUUUCCACUGCUUAUGUCGCUCCCUUUGUGUCUUCAACAUUUACCCCCUACAUUGCCUACUCUCUUGGGCCCAUACUCUCCAUUUUCUGUGUGAUGGUCUUCAGUCUUCCUGCUUGGGUAGAUCCAGGCUACCUCCCCCGAAGCCCCGUACCACGCUUCCCCCCGGACCCCUCAGACACAGUCCCGGUGCCGGAAGCAGAUGCCCCAUCCACUGCUAAGCCUGGAGAGGCACAGCAAAAUGUUAUUUAUUCUAUUGCAGGAGCUAACAUCCCGGCCGUUCUCUGCAAGACAUGCAAUAUUGUCCGUCCACCCGGAGCCUCUCACUGCAACACAUGUGGCCACUGUGUCAUGUACCUUGAUCAUCAUUGUCCAUGGGUUGGAACAGACGUGGGGUUUAGGAACCACUUCUAUUUUAUACUCGGGACAGCGGGCAUUGGCCUAUACUGUACUUGGGUCUUCGUGAUGUCUAUCACCGCAAUUAUAGUAUGCAUACAAAAGAGCGACACAGAUUUCUUCACCGUAAUCAUUCCUGUUGUGCUCUGCAUCAUGGGGAGCAUGUUCGGGAUGUUCUUCGGGUCAAUGAUGAGUGCAUCUCACUGCGGUAUGAUUGCAAUGGAUACCACAACGCGUGCAAAACUCAAGAAAACGCAAACCCCAGCGGACAUAGUGAUCCAGGCAUUCAAGCAACGCGAAGACCCCGUAGAUCAAAACUUGCGCGUUGUGCAGGACAUUGAGGACACAGAAUAUAACUCUGUUGUAGCAGAAAUAAAAAGGAACAAGUCAUUCAGGUGUAAGCACAGCGGGUGGCGCAGAAUCAUGACAGCUAGGUUUAUGCCUUCACUGUACCGUCACGACCCGUUGGAGGCAGAAAAGCUAGCGUGGAUAUGGACUGUUGCGCUAACACGCGAAGAUAUCUAA